GCUUUGCUUUGGCAAUAGAUGAUGGAUGCUAUCCGUUCAGGAGUGAGUGUGGGUUAGACUUGGCGCUUCCUUCAGCCUCUCUCUCUCUCUCUCUCUCUCUCUCUCUCUCUCUUUUCGUCAGAGUUUAAACUCGAGCCGACGAGCCCCGACAAACUUGAGGGAGGAGUAGAAUUUCAGUUCCCGAAAGUUGUAAGAAAGCCAAGCAGAGGCUACCAGACAGCUCCUCUGUUUCUCAAUUCUCGUUGGCCAUGGCCAUUGCUCGAUUGACUUCCUCCUAUUCCAUUACAUCGACCUUACCUUUUCAAACCGGAACCAAUCAACGUUUCUUGUCUUCUGCUUCAUCUUCCCUUCGCUUUCCUUAUCCAACUUUCUCAUGCUUCCUCGUCGUAUCUUCUCCCUUUUCCAUGUCUGGUUCACACGAAGCGUUUGCUUCUGUGCUUAGCUCAGCUACUAAAACUAGGUCUCCCAGAGUCCUGGCCGUCGUCGACGAAGAAGCCAUGGCCGCGGCUACGCCGGUAAUGGAGGAAGACAGUAGGGAUAGUUCGUCCACGGAUCCGAAAGUUAGAGUCAGACCUUGUCAACUGUACGUUUGUAAUCUUCCUAAAAGCUGUGACAUUCCGGACCUUCUGGAUAUGUUUAAGCCUUACGGAACUGUUCAAUCGGUAGAGGUUUCGCGGAAUGUUGAGACAGGGAUAAGCAAAGGAUGUGGUCAUGUCAUAAUGAGUAGUUUCAAUGAGGCUAAAGCUGCAAUUGCUGCUUUGGAUGGAUCUGAUGUUGGUGGGCGUGAAAUGAGGAUUUUGCUUGCAGAAGAGAUGAAUUUUAGUGGGAGGAACCUUGUGGCUAGGAGGAAUAUUGUCUUUGAAAGCCCUUACAAGAUUUAUGUUGGCAAUGUUUCCUGGUCAGUGAAACCCGAAGAUUUGAGAGAGCACUUUAGCCAAUUUGGAACUGUGGUUAGUACAAGAUUGCUGUACGAUCGCAAAGCAGGAAGGAGACGGGUUUAUGGAUUUGUUUCUUUCUCUUCAGAGGCAGAACGUGACUCCGCCAUCUCUUCUUGUGGAAAGGAAUUUCAUGGUCGCACACUACUGGUCAGAGAAGGAAGGCCUAAGGAGUGAGUUCUGUGUUUCUGUAUGAGAUAGAUUUGUCUAAAAUUCAGAAAAUGGUGGAGUAACUUGGUGCAUUCUCAUGGAGCUGAUCUGUGUUAGCUAACAAGCAGGUACCUCAUGCUUAAGUUCUCCAGAUUUUAUAUCCUUGUAAACAGUCAUGGCUUUAGCUUUUAUGGAUGAAUACCUUGGCCUUGUCGGAUGAUGGGUUAUUCCAUACAUUGUUUCUUAGUUUGUUUAGGGCUUUGAUUUUAACCCAGGCACCUUCUUGAGAGUUUCUUAAUGAGAAUAUUAUUGCUUCAA